GAGAGAGAGAGAGAAAAGGAAAAGGAAAAGGAGGAGGAAGCGAAGGAGAAGGCGAAGGAGGAGGAUGAAAUUGAAGAAGAAGAAGAAGAAGAAGAAGAAGAAGAAGAAGAAGAAGAAGACGAGGAAGAAAAAUAUCUGUUGUGUUUUUCAUGGUUCGCUCUGAGGAGAUUAUACCAAAGGGAGAGAGAGAGAGAGAGAGAGAGAGAGAGAGAGAGAGAGAGAGAGAGAGAGAGAGGAGAGAGAGAG